CAGUUUCGGCAGCGAAGUCAAAUGGAAGUGUUUAAAGUUGGUUUGCAAUGUCCGUUCAGUGGCAACACAUAUUCAACACUACAUGAAACAGAUUAACAACGAGGGGUCCAGGAGGGCAACUGAAGAAUCAACAUCCUCUUCAGCCUUCUGUAAGACUUUUGAUCAACCUUUGAAAACUUGCAGUGAAAAAAGGAUAAAUGGAUUAUUUUAUUGCUCUAAAAACAGAAAAAUUAACUCUGAAAAUACAAAUUUAGAGAAUGUUGAGAGUGUAAUUGGCUGCAUAGUCAAAGGGAAGACUCCGAUGUCAAACAUCCAGCAUUUCAGAGGUUCAGUGGCAAAACACCAGGGAAAGAAUUUAACUGAUCUUCAGUGUGGUAUCCCCUCACUGCAAGGGAAUAAGGAAACCGAUGAUGUUCAUGUGCAAAUUCCUCAAGAAGCCCUCCGUGCAGCCAUUGGGAGCGAUGAUGAAGUUAACUCUGCCAUUAUCUGGUUUAAAGGAGGCCUGUUCCCGGUACACGAGGCAAACAGCUCGCUCCUGAAUGAUCGCGUAUUAGCCAUUGAAUUGGGCAAGGCGGUUUCCGGCCUCACAAGAAGAGUCAACAUCACUUUUUUCCACCAAAAUUCAUCAUUGGAAAAUGCUACAUGUACUUUCUUGGAUAGGGGGAAAGAUGGCUCAAACCCAAUCUGGAACUCAUCUGGAUGUAGCACUGAGCAAGGGAAAGGGGAGAUUGUGUGCUCCUGCGAUCACCUGUCCUUUUUCGCUCUUCUACUGAGUCCAGUCUAUGAAAACGAGGCAGGUAAUGGUACCCAGGUGUCCGGACUGCUGAGCUCCUACUCCAUCUGGCUCCUCACCCUGCUGUCCCGGAUCGGGUGUGGGGUGUCUGUGUGCUGUCUCGCUUUGGUCAUCGCCUUCCAUGCAAUAUACAGGUGGCAUAAUUCUGAGCAUUCUCUCAGUAUCCACAUCCACCUUUGUGUGGCGCUGCUGGGCCUGAACCUUUCCUUCCUCGCCAACGACAGCAUGACCUCCCUAAACAACCACGGAGUCUGUAUCUUCAUCGCCGCAGCGACACACUACUACCUCCUCUGCACCAUCACCUGGUUCGCCAUAGAGGGCUUUCACCUCUACUGGCUCGUAAUCCGUGUCUUCAACGUCUACAUCAGGAGAUACCUGCUCAAACUGGCUCUGGUGGGCUGGGGGUUACCUGCAGUGGCUGUCAUAUCGAUCCUAAGCUGCGGAAAGUAUGGGAAGUACAACAUUUACCAGCUUGAGGGUGGCGCAGUAACAAUGUGUUACCUGCCUGAAUCGGUACUGCUCAGCAUCACCUUCAGCUUCUUCGCCCUGGUGGUCCUGCUGAACCUGCUGGUGUUUGUGGCAGUGACUGUGCAUGUUGUGCGUGCGCGGAGGCUAAGCCUCGCCCAGCAGGAGCGGCACAUCACUCGGAAGGACAUAUUCAGCCUGAUGGGGGUCUCCUGGCUUCUGGGGCUGUCCUGGGGGGUGCUGCUCUUCCCGGUCAGCCCUCUGAAGGAAGUCAUCUUCUACAUAUUCUGCAUCCUUAACUCCCUCCAUGGUGUCUUUGUGUGCGUGCGCUAUUUCACUCUCCACCGCCGGCCGAAGGAAUCCCCCGGGACCAUGCUGUCAACAGUAACCACCACCACAGACAGCGUCGCAAGUGCCUCUGUCAACAAUAGGGAACGUACCGAAAAUAUAUACAACUGAAAUAUAACUAUCCAGACUUAAAAGUUACUCAAAUGAUAGACGUACUAAGCAAAUCUUAAACUGGAAUUUUUCAGUUAUCCUUGGGUUUGGGAGCUCUCGGCAACAUUUGGGGAGUCUGUACUCUCUCAUAUUCCAAGAUUGAAAUUGGUCCCAUUUCACAGACACAGAUUAGGCAUAGUCGUCAGCUGAAUUCAAUUUUGAUUGGAGAGUCUCAAUACAAAAUAUACUUCAGUCCAGGACAAUCUGUGUCUGUCAAACCGACUCAUUUUCCUGCAGCGGUAAUAAGCUUAAAACAAUAUUGUUUCAGAACGAUAGAAAUACAUUGGCAGAAAUUUAAAUUAAGAGCAUUAGGGGCCAGUUUCACAGACACUCAUUAAGCCAAGUCCUAGACGAAAUUCACAUUUAAAAAAAAAAAAAAUUUUUUAGGCCUUUUUCAGCUUUAUUGGACAGUAUAUAGUAUAGAGAGACAGGGGAAGACAUACGACAAAUGUCGGACGGUCGGAUUCGAACCGCCGACGUCGCGGCUCGCAAUGAGCAUGCAGUCAGUGCUCUACAGGCUGCGCCACCGAGACACCCACUAAAUUCAGAUUUUAGUCCAAUACUGUCUGUUGAAGGAAGUGUUUGUUGUGUGAUUUAGAGAGAGAAUUCAUAUUUUAUGACCAUGAUUUAAGGGUUAAUCAUUUUGUGUACUAAAUAUCAGUAAGCUUCAAUAUAUGUUCACUAACAAACCUUUCUAGGCAGCCCAGUUUCCAAAUAUCUAUGUCAAUGUAUAUUUCAAUGUCUAUUGUAUUCACUUUCCAUAAAAACAUCAUAUGUCAAAUUUCCUAACUGGAAUUUUGGUCUUUUGUUAUAAUUAAGAUGAUUUAUGUUUUUUGUUUCCUUUUUCUCCAGUAAAAAGUUAUUUUGUUCUAGAUUUUCCGUUGAAAAAAAAAAACAGAAUAUUUAACAGUUUUCCCCUUAAAGGUACAAUAGGUAAGAUUUUUGUGUUAAAACAUUGUUACAAGACCAUUGUAAAUCCCUUCCUUUCGUUGAAAAGUCUCACCGACAUGUUGACUCACCCUCUGCCAGUGGUUAUAGUCCUUAAGUUUGGAUUUAAAAUAUGCAGUUGAUGGGCCAGCACUCUGUCCCAAAACAUUGAUAGCUGUACAAUAAUUCAAGAUCAGUGCUACAAAUUGGUUCUAAUUGGCAAAGCCAAUGGCGUUUCAACGUCGGCGCAUUACACAGAGAAGGGGUGGGAUAAACAGUGUUGUGGUUUGAGUGUUUGUUGUUGAAUGAAUGGUAAUUCCAAAUGCUGCCUAGGUUCACACAAUGAGAUGAAACCAGACCACUGAUAUAAAAUUCAUUGUUUUUAUUGUAAAAUCAUUUUCUGUCUUUUUUUUUCUUGAAUUUGUAAAACUGCAAAAUGUUGUACCACAAACAUUACAGGACACACAUGGCGUUUCAGAACAGAAUUCAUGCAAGGUGGUCUCCACGGCAACAUGCUCAGAGCAGAACUACGGUCAGAUCGUCAGUGCUAUUGGCCAGUUGUGUUUUUGCCUCUACUGGGUUCAGUUCUCAUGCCAUACGGUGCCUCUCACCCUAUAAAAGCUGGAAAAAUAAAACAAAAACAAACAUUUUCCUUCUCCUUGUUCUCCUAUUUUUCUCGGACAAGGUUUCUUUUAUGUCAUGGGUAGUAUAAGUGGUGGAGGGGGCUGAUUCCAUAAAUAGCAGUAGCACUGGCACCUUGAAAAUGAAUGUGAUUUGUUGAGGGGAAAUACCAUGAACAAUUAAACAGUUAAAUAAACUGUGAGGAUGGACUUUAUUUUUUCAAUUAUUUUUAUGCUCAUAUGGGAUUCUCAAACCAUUUAACAUUUCAGCUUUUUUGAGCGGUGCUUUCAUUGUUCUCAUUUGUAAAAACUGCUUAGAAAUUACCAAGACAGAUCCUGUAGGUCAGAGGUCAUACUAAUGACUUGCAUAUGGUAUUCUCAAGAUAACAGUUACAUGUGGAGUCUAUCACUGUAUGCCUUUGGUGAUCAAGUAAGCCUACUGAAAUCAAAAUGUACAUUUCAUGCAGUUCUAACACUUAA